AUGGCGUGGACUAUCCCGUUCAGUCUUGAUGGCUGGUCUGCACAUACCUACUACCUCGGAAUCCUUGUGUUCAUAUGGGCGUUCCACCGGAGGGCAACUGCCUGGCGGGUUGAGCCAAAAUACAUACCUUGGGUGAGCGUGCGGACCGAAUAUUUUGCCAAGACCAGGGCCUGCUGGCGAGAGUUGUGGGACACAUGGCAGAAUCUUGAGAAGGGUUAUGUGCAAUACAGCAAACGUUCCAAGCCCUUUCUUACGCCGAACAUCAGCUAUCAACCGGAAGUUGUCCUUCCGCCGGAGCACAUCAAAUGGCUUGUCGAUCAACCGGACGAUGUCCUCUCUAUCCAAAAAGUUCUGAUUGAGGCUGUUCAGUUCAACUAUACUUCGCCCAGAUCCUGGAAGUUCAAGCGGCCUUUCCACAUCGAAAGCCUCAACAAGAUGCGCCUUGACCUCUUAACGCCGGACAUCGUUGACGAGAUCGCUUUGUGCAUCGACAGGAUCUUUGGAACAGACACCAAAGAAUGGACAGAGGUCGGACUCUCAAUACCGAUGUGGGAAACCAUUACUCGUGUCAUGACACGAGUGUUUGUUGGCGUCGACCUGGCUCACAACGACACCUACAUACAUUACUCAGCCUCAUUCGCAAUGUCUCUCGGCCAGCAGUCCGGCAUGAUCACGAUGCUUAUACCCGACCUCUUGAAGCCCAUCUUCGGUCCCCUGAUGGCACUUCCCUGCCGCUACUACGAUUGGCGCUGCUCACAAUAUCUCGUCCCGCUCAUCCAGUCCCACCUCGCCGCCGCAGCGAAAGCCUCAGAGCACGAAAUACGCAAGGCGGAUAUGCUACAGCUCAUGGCCCGGUGCGCCGUCAAGUCCUCCGACGCGCUCGACCGAGACCCGCGCUCCCUCUGCUCCCGGCUGCUAGCGCUGAACUUCGUCGGCAUUCACACCUCCUCCAUCACUGCCAUGAACGCCAUGCUGGACAUCUGGAGCGCACCACCACAUGUCGCCGCCGCCCUGCGCGAGGAAGCUGCAACAGUCCUCCGCGAACACGACGGUGUCUGGACGAAGGCCGCCGUUGGAAAGCUCGUGCUUCUGGAUAGCACAUUGCGCGAAAGCAUGCGUGUCUCUGCGUUCAAGGGUAGGGGUGUCGAGCGCCUAGUCACCAAGAAAGGCGGUGUCAUGUUGCCGGAUGGCACCUACCUGCCGAAGGGGACCAAGAUCGGGAUGCCGGUAUCGGAGAUCCACCGCGAUGCCACCUUCUACGAAGAUCCUAGGAAAUUCGUCUUUGACAGGUUUGUCGGAAAGGCAGAGUUGGGUUUGGUCAACACCACGGAUACGUUUUUGGGGUUCGGGCAUGGCAGACACGCUUGCCCUGGUCGCUUCUUCUCUGCUCAUGAGCUGAAACUGAUGUUCGCGUACAUCCUGCUGAACUACGAUUUGAGGCAUUUGGAUGAGCGGCCCAAGAAUACCACGUUGAGUGAUUUCUCCCUGGCGCCGGACACUGAGCUGUUUGUCAAGCGGAGGGAGAGGAGCGCGCAUCUGGAUUGA